CUGUAGUUUUUUUCCCCCUUGAAUCGCCGGGUGAUGAAAGAUUCAGAACGAUUGGUGUGUCCGAGGUUCGGAUCGAACUGCCGUUAGGGAUCAGUGCACUUUUGUACAGCCAACAGAUGCGUCCGAACUCACUCGAUCUGGCGCCAGUAUGAAAGUCCGCGAUGUGGUUGAAACCUGGAAGUAACGUGCUUUUGAUGGUGCUAGUUCAAAUUUGGCUUUCGAUUUCCGGUGUGGAUGGUUCUUCGAUCAACAGCAAUAGUACAGGUCGCGUUCUGAGCCGGGAGAAAAGAAUUGUUUACACAUUUAACAGUGCCACUGGAAUUCUUGUAGCUCUAUCGAUUCCGUUGAUCGUGCCGGAUCGGAACAUCUUUAUGUCGUACAAUUUCGAGAUGAACUACAACAUGCCGACGACGGCCACCGACUACAGCCAGGGACCGUUGAAGCGGGUCGACCAGAUGGAACUGUACACCGAUGCCGGGGCUAGUUUGAUGCGUAGAAGUAUUGCCGGCAGCAGUUUUACCCGGAAGAAGGCCUACCGGACGUUGGAGAUCAAUUUGCACAAAGGUGGCUUCAAUGGAAAACGAUGUGUCCUCAGAGCCAUUUGUGAGGCAUCGGAGGCUCCUCUAUUCGAGGGCAACGGAAUAAUAGGAGAUUUAUUACAAAUUUUGCUCACACCCUCAUACUCGGAGGAUGAAAGUUUACCUCGGGAGUUCUACCGUGCGGAGAAAGCUGGCCUGCAGCAUAACUGCACUCGAUAUCGAAGGCACUGUCCUCAGAGCGUACUGGAUGUGAUAAGUGUUCUCGGGUGAGAAGUGGUUGUACAAAUAUCAGUUAAAGAAAACAAGGUGCUAGAGAAGUGUAAACUAAGCAACAACAACAAAAAAACCGAGGGUUCUCAACUUUCUAACAGUAGAAAAUAUUUAUUUCACUUUUUGUUGCUCGCUCAUAUGGUAAUAAAUACGAUGUUGGAUGUUAUUUUUCUAUAAAUAUUUGGUAUCUUAUAUCAAGGAUAUCUGCGAAAAAAUCUCUUGAAAAUGUGAAACGAAUUGCUGUAUAAAUUAUGUUAUCACCAUGUUUAAGUUUUUUUUAGAUUGUUUCUUCACUGUCCAGGACCAAAUCCAUUUCAAAUACUGUAGGGCUAUAAAUACUUUUUUC